GAGCCUCGUCAGUGGUGCCCCUGUACAGAGCCUCUUCACGCUGCGCCAGCAAAGUCUGUCCGCUGCCGCCGUUCACCAAUAAACUUCCUGCCCUGCCGCUGCUUGUACUCUCGCUCGAGGAACCGCAUCACCGUCUCCGGCUGUCUGUUAAUUGUUAUCGAUAUCGCGUAGUAGUUUCACCAAGCUUAAAAACACAAAAGCACAAUGUGCGACGAAGAAGUUGCUGCGCUCGUAGUUGACAAUGGCUCCGGCAUGUGCAAAGCUGGUUUCGCCGGUGACGACGCACCACGUGCCGUCUUCCCUUCGAUCGUCGGAAGGCCACGUCACCAGGGUGUUAUGGUCGGUAUGGGCCAAAAGGACUCGUAUGUUGGUGACGAAGCUCAGUCCAAGCGUGGCAUCCUCACGCUGAAGUACCCGAUCGAGCACGGUAUCGUCACCAACUGGGAUGACAUGGAAAAAAUCUGGCAUCACACAUUCUACAAUGAACUCCGAGUUGCUCCCGAAGAGCACCCAGUCCUCCUGACCGAGGCUCCUCUCAACCCCAAGGCCAAUCGCGAGAAGAUGACGCAAAUCAUGUUCGAGACGUUCAACACGCCCGCCAUGUACGUAGCCAUCCAGGCAGUUCUCUCGCUGUACGCCUCCGGUCGUACCACCGGUAUCGUACUCGACAGCGGUGACGGCGUUUCCCACACCGUGCCCAUCUACGAGGGUUAUGCCCUGCCCCACGCUAUCCUGCGUCUCGAUCUUGCCGGCCGUGAUCUCACCGAUUACCUCAUGAAGAUUCUUACCGAGCGUGGUUACUCCUUCACGACGACCGCCGAGCGUGAAAUCGUUCGUGACAUCAAAGAAAAGCUUUGCUACGUCGCCCUCGAUUUCGAACAAGAAAUGGCCACCGCUGCCAGCUCGUCGAGCCUCGAGAAGAGCUACGAACUUCCCGACGGUCAGGUCAUCACCAUCGGCAACGAGCGUUUCCGUUGUCCCGAGGCCCUCUUCCAGCCUUCGUUCCUGGGUAUGGAAGCCUGCGGAAUUCACGAGACCACUUACAACUCGAUCAUGAAGUGCGACGUCGAUAUCCGUAAGGACUUAUACGCCAACACUGUACUCUCGGGAGGUACCACCAUGUAUCCAGGUAUCGCUGACAGGAUGCAAAAGGAGAUCACAGCCUUAGCGCCCUCGACCAUGAAGAUCAAGAUCAUCGCGCCCCCAGAAAGGAAGUACUCUGUCUGGAUCGGUGGCUCGAUCCUCGCCUCUCUCUCCACCUUCCAACAGAUGUGGAUCUCCAAGCAGGAGUACGACGAGUCGGGCCCAUCAAUCGUCCACAGGAAAUGCUUCUAAGCUGCCGCUGACGAUGUUGCUGACGACUGCUCCAACUCCAGCAACGACGCCACCAAAUCAACAACAUACCCCGCGGCCGGCUAGUCUUGUCUUAAGAAAUACGAGAAAAUACAAAUUAAUGAUUUAUCAUUUUUUUAUUGCUGAUUCGUACGUCGAGUGCGAUAUUAAGGAAUGCGUAUUAAAUAAACAACCGGCUCACAAGCCAUUAUUUUUGCA